UUCUAUUAUUAUUCAAUACCAAGGUACCCUACGUGAGAGUGGCACCGAAUUGGACCAUUCUUCAUGCAAAAGACCUACUAACGCCUAUUAACGCCUACAAACGGACCUAUAACAUCCAUCGCGUUUCAUAUCCAUCAGCCCACAGUGACAAACUUCCCCAAGCAACUCCAGGUCACCGCCCCUCCCCCGGUGUCCUGCGCUUCCCUGCUACAUUGCGACCUUGCGGCCUUGCAACCUUGCGCACCUGCAUAAACACCUUUAUAUAUUUCUUUUUCUUUCCCUUCUCAAGAACAUGCCUUUUGACCCAUCCUACCACGGUCAAUCAGUAUCCAGAGUCAAGAGCUUAGCCAGACAGAUGUCGCCACCAUCAGCAACCAGCUUCACGGCUGAUGUCGUUCCUCAAGCUCCAGAGGAUCCUCUGUUCGGACUCGUAAGAGCUUUCCGAGCUGAUGAAGAUCCCAGCAAAGUAGAUUUAAGUAUCGGUGUUUAUCGUGACGACAACGCUAAGCCUUGGAUCUUAUCAGUAGUUAAGAAGGCAGACGAUAUUCUCCACGACGAUCCCGAGCUAAAUCAUGAAUAUGCCCCUAUUUCUGGUCUUGCCUCGUUUACUAGCAAAGCUGCCGAGUUGAUCCUCGGUGGUGCUGAUUCUCCCGCGAUUAAGGAGAAGCGUGUUGCAUCUUUCCAGACCAUCUCAGGCACCGGUGCCGUGCAUCUGGGAGCUCUCUUCCUCGCCAAGUUUUACCAAGGAAAUAAGACGGUCUAUCUCUCUGACCCUACGUGGGCAAACCACCACCAAAUCUUCACCAAUGUUGGUCUCCCUAUCGCCAGCUACCCCUAUUUCUCCAAGGAGACACGAGGGCUUGACUUCGAGGGUAUGAAAUCUGCCUUACUCGGUGCUCCGGAACGAUCAGUUGUUUUGCUCCACGCUUGCGCGCACAACCCUACUGGUGUCGACCCUACCCUCGAGCAAUGGAAGGAGAUUGCGGAGGUGAUUCGCCUAAAGAACCACUUCCCCUUCUUCGACUCCGCAUACCAGGGCUUUGCGUCGGGUGACCUGUUGCGCGACAAUGCGGCCGUCCGAUACUUUGUCGAACAGGGAUUCGAGUUCGUCGUAGCACAGAGUUUCGCCAAGAACUUCGGUCUGUACGGUGAGCGAGCCGGUUGCUUCCACGUAGUGACUGCUCCCGCGUCGGAUGCAGAGGCUACCAUCACUCGAAUCGCAUCUCAAUUAUCUAUUCUACAGCGAUCCGAGAUUUCAAAUCCUCCGCUAUACGGCGCGCGUAUCGCCAGCAUCGUCCUAAAUGACCCGAAGCUCUUUUCUGAGUGGGAGGAAAACUUGAAGACUAUGUCCGGCCGCAUCAUCUCUAUGCGUAAGGCUUUGCGGUCGAAGAUAGAAGAGCUAAACACCCCGGGUACCUGGAACCACAUCACGGAUCAGAUUGGCAUGUUCAGCUUUACCGGCCUAUCAGAAACCCAAGUUCAGAAGAUCCGCUCUGAUUAUCACAUCUACAUGACGAAGAAUGGUCGUAUAAGUAUGGCUGGCCUGAACACGCGGAACGUCGAGUACGUUGCCAAGGCGAUUAACGCCAUCGUUCGGGACGUCAAGUAGGCGAGGAUGCUUAUGUCGAGUGGUAGAAUAUGGUGAAUCUACUUGAGUUUCGGUGUUCGGUCAUGGGAAACAAAACAUAAAUCGGAUUAGAGUAUUCACUC